GUAAAGUUCCAAAGAAGUGGGCUCUGGCGCUGCUCUCCUAAUUUUUUACUUCAAGUUUUGCCAUUUGGCCUCUUUACAAAUCUCUCUGAGAGAGAGACAGGGAGAGAGGAGAGAGAGCUAGUGAAGCGCAGCAAGCAAUGGCUAUUUUCAUGGCUUCUACUUCCUCUUCUUCUCUCAAUUUCAAUUCUUUACUCUCAUCCUCUAAUCAUCAUUCCCCUUCUUUUGCACAUCAAACCCUAACCCCCCAUCUUCAUUUUCCCCGAACCCCAUCUUUCAAACACCUGGGACUAAAGGUCAAUUGUUCAGUGAAAAAAAUUGAAAAUAUGAAGAUUAUGAUAUCUGGGGCUCCUGCUUCUGGUAAAGGGACUCAGUGUGAGCUCAUCACCAAGAAAUAUGGUUUGGUGCAUAUUGCAGCUGGCGAUUUGCUCAGGGCAGAAAUUGCUGAAGGGACUGAAAAUGGGAAGCGAGCCAAAGAAUAUAUGGAGAAAGGGGAUUUGGUACCCAAUGAAAUAGUCGUCAUGAUGGUGAAAGAUCGACUGUCCCAGCCUGAUUCUGUAGAAAAGGGUUGGCUUUUGGAUGGAUUUCCCAGAAGCUCAUCUCAAGCAACUGCUCUUCAGGAAUUUGGUUUCAAGCCAGACCUUUUCAUUCUUCUCGAUGUUCCACAGGAUAUUCUUGUUGACAGAGUUGUAGGCCGUAGGCUAGACCCUGUUUCUGGGAAGAUAUAUCACUUGAAGUAUUCUCCCCCUGAAAGUGAAGAAAUUGCUGCACGGCUUACCCAGCGGUUUGAUGACACGGAAGAAAAGGUAAAGCUUCGAUUGGAGACUCAUAAUCAGAAUGUGGAGUCUGUUCUUUCUCUGUAUCAAGACAUAAUUGUUAAGGUCGAUGGAAGUGCUGAUAAGGAUGAUGUGUUUGCCCAAAUUGAUAAGGCUUUGGCGAAGCUUUCAUAGCAUAGUGAUAAAGUGGAAUGUACGGGGCAUCAUAAAAACAUUUAGGACCAUAUAUAUGACAAUAAAAAAUUUAGGAGUCUACUUUGCAUAUGGAUUAGAUAUAGUGAAACUAUUAAAUAAAAGAAAUUUGGUUGUGGGGCAUGUUCUUUUACUUUACCUCCUCUCAGGCCAUUGGUCUUCCCAAUUCUGUCAUAUUUUUAGUUAUCAUUUUUUUGUUGUAUUGUUAAUUUGUAACAUCAUCAGCUUAAUUGUUGUCUGUAAACCAUAUGGUACUCUGUAUUGAUAGCCUUUUGAAUGCAAGUGUUAUUUUUACAGUUUCGAA